AUGACUUGUGAAGAAAAACCAAAACGUCGUCGUAUAUUAAUAAUUAGUGGUGAUGAAAGUAUUCUGAAUGAAAUAAAAAAUAGUAAAAAUGUUGCAUUAUGUAAAUCACUUAUGCUUGAAUCUGACGAUGGUGAGAAUGAUGAUGAUAUGGAUCUCUCUUAUCCUGAAAUUAAUCAACUAUCAUCACAUUUGAAAAAAACCAAAAAUUCUUCAUUAAUUUGUGUUAUUUGUGGAGCACCAGCACUUGGAUAUAAUUUUGAUGCAAUAUCAUGUGAAAGUUGCAAAUCUUUUUUUCGUCGUAAUGCUUUAAAAGAUCCACCACUUGAAUGUCUUCGACAAGGCUUAUGUGAAAUAACAUUUGAUUCUCGUCGUCGAUGUUCUGCAUGUCGUUUAGCGAAAUGUUUUAAAAAUGGAAUGCGACGUGAUCGACUUAUAAUGGCUGAACAAAAAACAAACAAAUUUCUUACGAAGGAAGAAAAUCUCGAUAUAAAUCUUCAAAAAAAUUUUAUUGUUCAUAAUGAAUUAGUUUCAUCAUCAAAAUCUAAUUUUUUCAUUUUACCAAAUUGUCUUCAACAAACUUCAUCAGAAGCAAACCGAGGAUUACUUAGUCCAGAAGAUUUACAACGUAUUGAAUAUAUACAAUUUUUAUAUCAAAAACGUAUUGAACUAGCUCGUGAUGGUCUUCCAUGGAAUCCAUCAAUGCAUGCAAUGACAUUUUUACAAAAACUUAAUAGUCAUUCAGUACCAUUGAUAAGAUUAUUAACAUUUUUUAAACAAAUACCAGAAUUUAAUCAAUUAGAUGUUGAUGAUAAAGUUACGCUAAUUAAAUUUAAUCUUUUACCACUUUUAUGUAUUAAUUGUACACUUUCAUAUAAAAGUGAAACAGAUCAAAUUGUUGAAACUGAUUCUGAUGUACCAUGGGAUUCAUCUGUUAUACAAGAAGUUUAUGGUUAUGAUGGUUAUUUACAAAUGAGAAAAAUCUUUGAAUCAUUUGUACAUAUUGCACAAUAUGAUGAACGAAUAAUUCAAUUAGCACUUAUAACACUUAUAUUAACAAAAGGUUUUUCAACAGGUGAUGGUGAACUUGAACCUAUACUUAAUGAUGGUAUGGCUGUAUAUCGUGCACAAAAUUAUUAUACAGAAUUAUUAUGGAAAUAUUUGGAAACAGUACAUGGAUCUGAAAAAACUAUUCAUGUAUGGAGAAAAGUUAUAACACAUUUUAUAACAUGGCAAACACUUCAUAAAAAACUUCGAGAUAAUGUUGAGCGAAAUUUAUUAUCAAGUGAUAAGAACGAAUUAUUACCAUUGAUGAAAUCAUUAUUUCAUAUAUCAUAA